AGAGAGAGUCACCAAGAAAUUAAAGAACAGCCUAGUUUCAAUAACUACCAAGUCUUUUCGUAUAUAUGUACUUGUAUAACAAGUCAUAAUUUGCUAUUCUUCUCUCCAAUUUUUCCACACCCCCUCUCUAUAAAACGGCCAUCGGUUUACUCUACCCAUUCGAAGAUCAUUCAUUAGAUACCUAAAAAAAUGGCAGCCGCCAAGAUAAGCCUGAAGCUGUGGAUCGACAAGAAGAGAAACCGAGUACUGUUUGCUGAAGCAGGCAAGGACUUCAUUGAUUUUCUCUUGGAAGUCUUCUCUCUACCGAUCAUAACUGUCGCGGGCUUCCUAAAAGCUGAAGACACAGCAGGCUGCUUGCAAAGCCUAUACGAGAGCACUGAAAACCUGAGCGAUACUUUCAUGCAGCGAGGAGUAAGCAAAGACUUGGUGUUGAAGCCCAAACUAGUAAUGUCUGGUGCUACAGACUCCCUCCUCUUGCCAAGGGUCGAGUCCUACACAUUCAGCAAAUUCUAUCAGUGUCGGAACUGUGUAUACAAUGGUACUUUCAAGAUCAUCGAUGGCGGCGGCAACUGUAAAAAAUGCGGAUCAUCAUCACUGUUCGAGUUAUCACUUAAUGUUGAAGAGUUUAUAAGCGCAAACAAGGAGAGUGGUAAAUUCAACUUCGUGAAAGAGAGCGUGCCAUACGUGGUGAUGGAUGAUCUGAAGAUGAAGCCCAUGUCCGCCAACAUUUUCGUUACUCUGCUGAAUGAGUAUAAUUUCAAGGAUGUGGGUGCGAUUGAAGAGAAAGUGGUCGCUUUAGGCAUGGAUGAGUGUGUGAAGUUGCUCAAGGCUGCUCUGCAAUCCAAGACUGCACUCACAGAUGUCUUCUUGCCGAGAACAUCCGAAACUGAGGAGGCUGAGUCAAGCAAAACGAGCGGGACUUCUGAAGGGCCAAAAGAAGGCAGUUCUGUAUUUCUGCCCGACUGAUCUUUACCUGCAAGAAUUAUUCGUCCGAAAGAAGUAUCUGGUCAAAUCUUGUGUGGCAAGAUAA